GUUGAGAAUGGGGAGGACAGUGGUGACAGUGAAGUUGAAGAACCAGUUCCAAAACGAGCCAAAAAAACUGAGAAGAAGGUGGAAGAUAAAUCAGAACCAAAGGCUCUGUUGAAUAAAACAGAGACGAAACUUGAAGAGAUAAACUUUAAUUGUGACAAAAAUAAUGCUGAUGGGGAAAAAUACAAUAUCAAAAUCUGCACAUGGAACGUUUCGGGCAUUAGAGCAUUGUUAAAGAAAAACGGAUUUGAUUAUUUUGAAAAAGAAGAUGCUGAUAUCAUUGCAUUGCAAGAAACUAAGUGUGAAACAAAGAAGAUACCUGAUGAAGUAAAAUUGAAAGGAUAUCAACAUUACUUUCUUGACAGUAAGAAAGCUGGAUAUUGCGGAUUGGCAUUGCUGUCUAAAAAGAAACCUCUCAAUGUUUCGUAUGGUUUGAAUAAUGAUGAGUUUGAUCAUGAAGGAAGACUCAUCACUGCUGAAUAUGACAACUAUUACGUAUUAAAUGUUUAUGUUCCCAAUGCUGGUAAUAAAUUAGUAACCUUACCAAAACGUUUAAAGUGGAAUGAAGCUUUUAAAAAAUUUGUUCAAGAUUUGGAUAAAAAAAAACCCGUUAUCGUUUGUGGUGAUAUGAAUGUAGCUCAUCAAGAAAUUGAUUUGACAAAUCCAAAAACAAAUACCAAGAAUGCUGGAUUUACUCCAGAAGAGCGAGAAGGAAUGACUGAUUUUUUGAAUGCUGGUUAUGUAGAUACCUUCAGAUUUUUGUAUCCCGAAAAAACUGGAGUCUAUACUUUCUGGUCAUAUUUUAGAAAUGCAAGGGGCAAAAACAUUGGCUGGAGAUUGGAUUACUUCAUCGUCUCUGAGAGGAUUAAAAACAAAGUUUGUGACGUAAUAAAUAGAGACCAGGUGUUUGGAAGUGAUCACUGCCCUGUUGUCCUCUAUGCAGCCUUAUAAAAAUUUAAAAUCACAUUUUUCUUUUUUCUUUUUUAAUAAGUUCAUUUCUUCAAACACGUUCCGUUACUUAAAAAAUAAUUUAUUUAUAAAAUAUAUUUCCU